AACUCCACUUCUUAGAAUUAUUUUAAUUUACCUCGGAGACCGAUACCACGUGAAAUCAUGGACAUCUUGGGAUAUUCUUGAUUCAGUAGUCCCUCAGUUCAGUACCUUGUAAACAUUGUUCUCUUACCUCUUCUGAAAGUUUGAUCACUUUGCUAUUGUUUGAGAUCAUGGCUGGAGUUCUUGGUGGAGCUUUUCUGUCUGGCUUCAUUAAUGUUGUCCUGGACAGGCUCAUUUCUGCUGAUGCUGUCAACUUGGUUGUGGGCAAGAAGCUUAGCCCUGACUUGGUUGAGAGACUGAAGAAUGCUCUGACAGAUGCUGGAGCUCUUGUUGAUGAUGCAGAGCUCAAGCAACUUGAUAACCAUGAUGUGAAGGACUGGCUCAACUGUCUCCGAGAUGCUCUUUACACUGCCGAUGACUUGCUGGACCGCAUCUGCACCAAAGCUGCAACUCAAAAGGGGGUACGCAAUUUCUUGCCUAGCUUCUUGAAUUCUGAAGACAGGAAGAUGGUGAACGAGAUAGAAAGGGUGGUUAGAAGGAUAGAAGAUCUUGAGAACCGCAAAGGAAAGCUUGGGCUUGAAAAGAUUUCCACUGCUACCUUCUCAUGGAAAACUCCAUCCACUUCUCUUGAAAAAGGGAAGGUGUAUGGCAGGGGGGAUGACAAAAAGGCCUUAAUCAAGAUGCUGAAUGACAACAAUGAGCAUCACCUCUCUGUGAUCUCUAUUGUUGGCAUGGGUGGUGUUGGUAAAACUACUUUGGCUCAAUGGAUGUACAAUAAUGCAGAGUUGAUGGAGGGAUUUGAUCAGAAAGCAUGGGUUUGCGUUUCGGAAAACUUCAAUAUUGUUGAGACUACAAGGAAUAUAGUAAAGGAGAUCUCUACAAAUACUCAGGAUCUUGAUAGCUUCAAUUCAAUUCAAGACGCUUUGAAGAAAGGAUUGUCUGAAAAGAAGUUCUUUAUUGUUUUGGAUGAUGUUUGGAGUAAUGAUCAUCAUCAAUGGAAGGGUUUUCUAGCCCCUUUUCACUAUGGGGUUAAGGGAAGUACUAUUCUUCUGACAACACGCAAGGAAGAUGCUGGUUCAGUUGUUCAAACAAAUUAUCACCCUCACUGUCUCAUUCCAUUAUCAGAAGACUACUGUUGGUCAGUGUUUGCAGCCAAUGCUUCUUUUCCAGAAUCAAAUGGGAACCCGACACUAGAAGGAAUAGGCACAAGCAUUGCUAGGAAGUGUGAUGGUUUGCCAUUAGCAGCCGAAACCCUUGGUUGCUUGUGCAGAAGGCAUGUUGCUGAGGAAUGGGAAAAAAUCUCAAGGAGUGACAUUUGGGGAUUUUCUAUAAAUGACAGUAAGAUUAUUCCAGCGUUGUUAGUAAGUUAUCAUCAACUUCCUUCAUAUUUAAAGCGUUGCUUUGUUUAUUGUUCAUUGUUUCCCAAAGAUUAUCCCUUUGAGAAAGAUGAACUAAUUUUGUUGUGGAUGGCCGAAGAUCUUUUAAGACUACCAAAGAGAGGAGAGAGCUUGGAAGAUGUUGGUUGCAAAUGUUUUGAAGAAUUAGUUUCAAGGUUAUUCUUUAAAAAGCUUCAGGACAAUAAGGAGUAUUUUGUGAUGCAUGAUCUCUUGCAUGACUUGGCAAUAUUCCUUGCUGGAGAUUUCUAUUGUAGAAUAGAAGAGCUUGGUGAACAAGAAGAAAUGAAGGUUCUCACUCGCCAUUUGUCAUAUUUCCCACCUGAAAGGUUACAUCAUCCAAUCUCAAAAGUCUUUAACUCCAAUGCAAAGUUGGAAUCUUUGAGGACAUCCUUGUAUAUCGAUGAUUUGUUCAGCAUGGAAAGUGUAGCAUCUAAGUUUAUAUGCUUGAGAGUUUUAUCCUUUCAUAAACUUGAUGUAUUACCUGAUUCAAUAGGUGAAUCGAUUCAUCUACGGUAUUUGAAUCUCUCUUGGACUGACAUUAACAGGUUGCCAGAAUCAUUGUGCAACUUGUAUAAUCUACAAACUUUAAUAUUGUACGGAUGUUCUAAGUUGACCAUGUUGCCCAUUAACAUGCACAAUCUUGUGAAUUUACGGCAUCUUGAUCUUAGGAAAACUUGUUUGGAAGAAAUGCCUGGAGGAAUAAGCAAAAUGAAACAUUUGCAUACCUUAAGUUUCUUUGUGGUGGGGAAGCAUGAAGAUAAUGGAAUCAAGGAAUUAGGAGGGCUCUCAAAUCUUCAUGGAUCACUUGAGCUUAAGAAGUUGGAGAAUAUUGUUGAUGUGAAAGAAGCAGAGAAUGCAAGGAUGACAAACAAGAAUCUGAUGAACGAAUUAUACUUGGAGUGGUCUUCAGGUGAUGAUAUGGUUCCGAACACCAAAGCUGAAAGAGAUAUACUUGACAACUUGCAACCUCACAACAGCUUGAAAGAGUUGAUCAUCAAGGGAUAUAAGGGUACAGUAUUUCCAGAUUGGUUGGGGAACUGUUCAUACAACAAUAUGACAAGUGUAUCUCUAGUGUCUUGCAACAAUUGCUGCAUGCUGCCUUCACUUGGACAGUUGCCAUCUCUUAAGGACCUGUACAUUCAAGAUUUCGGUCAGCUCAGCAGCAUUGGAAUUGAGUUUUACAAGAAUGAAGACAAUCCUUCUUUGCAUAUUGCUCCUCCUUUUCCCUUGUUGGAGAGUUUGAAAUUUGAUAACAUGACAUGUUGGGAGGAGUGGCACUUACCUGACUCAAAAGCUUUUCCUCAGCUUAAGAGUCUUCAAAUAAGAGAUUGUCGAAUGUUAAAGGGAGAUAUGCUUCAUCAGGUAUUGAUGAGAAUCGUUUCUUCUUCAAUGGAUGCUUUGAAAGUUCGCAAGUUAGUUAUAAGCGAAUUUCGAGAAGGAUUGUUUCCUGGUAUGUCACUUAAUGGGGAUACAUUAUCAAUUAGGAGAUGUGAAUCUGUGGUGGAGUCUGUAAUUAACGAAAUGAUCAGCAUUAAGCAUCUACCCUCCCUCCAAGAAAUAGAAAUCUUCGGGUGUUCGUUUGCUGUGUUCUGGCCUUUACUACCCAAAUCUUUGCAAAAGCUCACAAUCACGGAGUGCAGCAAAGUGGAAUUCCCGCAGCACAAGUAUGAUUUGGUAGAGCUACUAAUACAUUCCAGCUGUCAUUCACUGACCUCCUUGUCGUUGGAUGUCUUUCCCAAUCUCAAGAAUCUCAAUAUACAUAAUUGUAGGAAUCUGGAAUCAGUGUCAAUGUCAGAGGCACCACACGCUGCUCUUCAACGUCUAUCCAUUACUUACUGCUUCAAAUUAGUGUCAUUUGCAGGAGAAGGACUGGCUGCACCCAACUUGACUCAUCUUGAAGUCAGCUUCUGCGAGAAGUUGGAGGCAUUACCACGUGACAUGAAGAGUCUACUCCCAACUUUACACUCUCUCCACAUGUAUGGUUGCCCAAACAUUUGCAGGUUGCCAGAGGGUGGUUUGCCGCCUAACUUGAAAGAGCUUCAUGUGGAAAUUGGCGAGCAACAAAUGAGGGAUCUAUCAUGGAUGGCCAACUUGCACGCCCUCACUCGUCUUAUUAUUAGUGGUUAUUGGUGUAAGAAUAUAAAGUCAUACCCAGAGGUGGGUUCGCUGCCUCACCUUCCCUCCCUUACCACUCUGCGUCUCUACAACUUUAAGAAUCUGGAGACAUUGGAGUGCAACGAGCUUCUCCGCCUCCCCUCCCUUCAACAACUACACAUUUCAUUGUGCAACAAGCUGGAGAAUAUGGAAGGAGAAAAGCUGCCUCCCUCUCUCUUGCUACUGAGAAUUCAAAAGUGUCCUUUGCUGGGAGAACACUGCAAGAACAAGCAUCAACUAAUCUGGCCCAAAAUUUCCCACAUCCCUGACAUUAAAGUCUUCUAAACAGGGAUUUCUGAGCAGGUUGGCAGAGGGUGGUUUGCCGCAUAACUUGAAAUCACUUGUUGUGGGAUUUUGCGAGCAACAAAUGAGGGAUCUUCAAUUGAAAAAUAUUCUCUUUCUUUAGACAACAUUAACUAGUUGAACUCAUAUGCCAACUGGAAAAUAUGCAUUCUUUUCUUUCAUUUAUUAGGGAAGAUCUCAGCUUGCAGUUGUAGUUCAAGAAAUAUCUUUUGUUUCUCUCACAAAGUCAUUGGCUCUUGCUAUCUGUAAUACUUAUUAACCUUCAUAUUUUUCAAUAAAAUCACCUUUAAAAAGAAGAUAAGAAUUAACAUGAAACAAAAAUUGAAAGACAGUGAAUAUCUUAUUUGUGUAUCCAACAUUUAAGAAUAUUUUUAGAUGUAUUAAACAAAGAGUUUGAUUUACAUGGUCAUCCAAUUAGAUUCAUGCAUUUAGAUGACUUUUGAAGAAGUGAGUCUAAUAAAAUAGUUACCAAAAGCUGUGGUGACUGAGUUUGGCUUCAUGUUAGUAUCUACACUAGAAUGAACAAGAUAGAAAGGAAGACAUGAUGGAGAAAGUUGGAGUAGCACUUCUUAGUGAAAAGCUUCUGAUUUUGUUGACAAAUUCACAAGGUGAUGAAGGUAUGUAGAUAAUGCAGACGUGAUUCAAGAAUAUGCUUUCCACAUUUAAAGAUGACAAUCCUGUACCUGAAAUAGUCAUUAGAAGGUGAAGUUCUGGUGAUGCCAUCAGCAGCAAUUUCAUUCCUAUCAACUUCACUCAUUGAUCUUUAUCUUGAGAUAUAUCAGUAUCCAACAUGCUAUUCAGAAAAAAGAAAUGAUAGCAGAAAAGGAGAGGGAAAAUUGAAAGAUAAACAUCAACACAACUUGCAACUGCCCUCAAAACAAUGCACAUAUGUAGUGAAUUUAUUGCAGUUGCAGCUUCAUUUUUUGAGAGAAGGAGUGCACAGCCUACUGGGCUUCAUCAUCCACUUGUAAGAAUACUUUAGGGAAAAA